CGCCCCCUGUUGGAGGUCACGGUUGAAAAAGAGGAAGGGAGGCGCAGGCCCUUUUUGAUAAACCCUCCGUGUCAAGUCCGACGGCCAUGGCGGGAGGUGCGCUUGACGGGCUCGAGACAUAUGCAGGAGGAGCAAUGGCGCGGAUCGAUGGGGGAGCAGGGAGCAGGAAAAAAGAUGGCUGAGCGCUGCCGCACCGACUCGCGGAUGUUUUGCUUGGCGUACUGCGACUUGAAGCCAACACGUCAGGUCGCGCGCGCAAAGGGCCGUGUGUUUCGUUUCUUUCGUUUCCUUACUAAGUUUACCACCAAAACCGGGAAAUCCGGUGAUGGGCGCCACCGAGUCAACGCGCUAUUUUCCCCAAGACAUUUAAGAAUCUGCGAGAGCCCGCACCCCAUCACCCUUCCAAGACCCGAAUGCCCGAAUCAAGCCGACACUCCCGGGGCGCCUCUCGCAGUGGUGCGGUUUGGCAGAGGCGGCCAGGUGCUUCUGCCACUCGCGAGCGGUGAGGUUAGCUGCUCUCAAGUGAACGUUGCCCUGUUUCGGACUUUGGUAUGUCGUUUUAGCCCGGCGGCGGCGGCGCAAAACCCGAAGUUGAGACGAGAACCGCACCCUGUCCGUUCAGUUGAAUCAAUCGUCUCUUGGCGUCUUGGCUCGUGGGCGUCACCGAGUCGGCUGGGUGUUUUGGCGGAUAAACUGUGCGCGAUCUCUCGCUCUCCCUCUCCUUGCAUCCCAACAACUCGGGCCCAGUUUGCCGGGUUCUUUUAUGACGUGCAAUACUCAAAACAGGACAGGCCCCCCCGCGUGUGCCUUGGGCGCAGGAGGUUGCAGGUGGUGAACUUCGGGGAUUUCACUCCAGUUCACCUGAUCUUUUCCCCCCUAGUUGUCCGAAGCACGCACGUGUGCGCGCGCGCGCCCCUGUCACCGUACUUUACCCGACGAUCACAGAGAUACGGAAGGUCAGCCACUCGGACCAGUAGUCACCCAGGUGGGCGGCGGUGAACCGGAAUAUAAAGUGUCCCGCGUCGGCAAAGAUCCAAAGGCGACACCAUCAGUGGAGGAGAAACGGCGUAGAAGGCGAGGGUGACGAGGGCCUCGGUAGGGCGGGCGCAGCUUGAGGACGUUGAUGAAGCCGGCGACGACGCGGACGCCAAAGGACGCAGCGGAGGGGGCGGACCGGGAGGCGGCCUCAAGGAAGUCGAUGUUGCUCUUUGCGCCGGAGCGGCCUGAUGACGCGCCACGAGUGCCCUGUGACGACGCUGACGCCGCGCUGGAAGCCGAUUUCCUAGGUGAACUGGUCGAGGAGGGCGUUGAA